UGCGUUCAAAUCCCACCUCCAGACAAGUUACUGUGUGAGGAAGAAGUUGGACCUCCUCCUCUGUCUACCGGCCUUGUGCUCUCAGGGUCAGGCUUCUGCCCCGCUGCAGAGCCCUGACAUUUUAGCACCAUGGAGCUCCGUUAUGCUUUACUGUUUCUCUGCCGCAUUUUUCCUCUGUGCACUUCGGACACCGAUGUCAGUAGUCGCUUCGUUUUAGAGCCCUAUGAUUUCCUCUUCGACACGGCGGUGGAAGCCUACUAUAAAGGGGACUGGUUGACUGUUAUCCUCAACAUGGAGAAGGCGCUCAGGAACAAAGCCACAGUCCGCAAUGUUAAGGUUCAGUGUCGGCUCAGCUGCGCCAACCAGACCGUUUUCGGAGUUCCCAUACCGGGGGCUGGGUCCGUGGAGGACCUGGGCUUCUUCCAGAAGAUCCUGAAACGGGCGGACUGUGUGAACUCCUGCGAGACUGAGAAACUGGGUUCACCAACUCUGCAUCAAGUCAGUGAAGAAGUGGAGUUGGAGUUCACAAAGAGGACCCCCUAUAACUACCUACAAGUCGCAUAUUUUAAGAUCAAUAAGCUGGACAAGGCGGUGGCAGCUGCCAACACAUUCUUCCAGGCCAACCCGGAUCAUGUGGAGAUGAGACAGAACCUGGAGUACUACAGGAUGAUGGCAGGAGUGCAGGCAGAGGACUUCAAAGAUUUGGAGGCCAGGCCACAAAUGGCUGAGUUUUUGCUGGGGAAGAGUUUCUACAGUGACGAUUCAUUCGGGCUGGCAGCCGAACACUUCGAAGUGGCUGUAGAUGAGUACUUCACUGCUGAUAAGGAGUGCAGAGUACUGUGUGAGGGAGCCUACAACUACGAUGGCUACAACUACAUGGAGUACAAUGCCGACCUGUUCCAGACCAUGACAGACCACUACAUGCAGGUACUGAACUGUAAGCAGCACUGUGCAGUCGAAUUGGCCUCCACUGCUGGUAAAAACAAGCCCUUUGAAGACUUCCUCCCGUCGCAUUUCAACUACCUGCAGUUCUCCUACUACAACAGUGAACAGUAUGAGAAGGCCAUUGAGUGUGCUAAGACCUUCCUGUUGUUCCACCCUGACGAUGAGGUGAUGAACCAGAACCUGGCUUAUUAUUCUGCUGUGCUGGGUGAAGACAAGGCAGACACUGUAUCAGCCAGACAGGUGGUGAAAGCGUACAUUCAGCAGUCCAUACUGGAAAAAGAGUUGCUCUACUUUGGAUAUGAAGCCUUUGGAAUCACUUUUGUAGAUCCAGACACAUGGACUCCUGAAGAUGUCAUGCCUAAGAAACUGAGAGACAAGCAGAAAGCCGACAGAGAGACUGCAGCCAGGAUCACAGAGGAAAUAGGUAACCUUAUGAAGGAGAUUGAGACUCUCGUUGAGGAAAAGAAGAAGGAUUCUUCAGAAAUGGCCAUGAUGAUAGCACCGCAGGAAGGCGGUGCUCUGUUGUAUGAUGGCAUCAAGGUAACCAUGACAUCGAGGCAGCUGAAUGGCACUCAGCGGGUGCUGCUGGAUGGGGUGAUCAGUGAUGAUGAGUGCAGGGAGCUACACCGCCUCUCCAAUGCAGCUGCUCAGAAAGGUGACGGCUACAGGGGCCGCCCUUCCCCCCACUCUCCCAGUGAGAUGUUCCAGGGAGUCACUGUCCUGAAGGCUGUAAAGCUCGGACAGGAGGGGACAGUUCCACUGAAGAGCGCUCGCCUCUUCUUCGACAUCAGUGACAAGGUGAAGAAGGUGUUAGAGUCAUACUUUCGUCUGGAUGCUCCGCUCUACUUCUCCUACUCCCACCUAGUCUGUCGCUCGGCCAUUGAUGAGAAGCAGGAGGACCGUGAGGACCUGAGUCACCCUGUUCACGUGGACAACUGUCUGCUGGUCUCUGAGCUUAAUGAAUGUAUAAAGGAACCUCCAGCAUACACACACAGAGACUACAGUGCCAUCCUUUAUCUAAAUGAUGAUUUUGAGGGAGGAGAUUUUAUUUUCACUGAAUUGGAUGCUAAAACAGUCACGGCCGAGGUGAGUCCACAGUGCGGCCGUGUGGUCGGGUUUGGAGCAGGGCAGGAAAACCCACAUGGUGUCAGAGCCGUCACCAAGGGUCAGAGGUGUGCUGUGGCACUGUGGUUCACCCUGGAUCCUGCUCACGAGGAAAAGGAGAGAAUCCAAGCUCAGGAUAUGCUGAAGAUGUUUUCUACCCCUGUGGAUGCAGAGUUUAUCAAAAAGAAGGCAUAUGACACCUCCAAGCCCCAACUGACAACACCAGAAGCUUCUACACAGGCUGACCAGGACAAAGCAGAUAGUAAGCAAGAUGACAAACCAGCAGACAUGCAGGCUAACAAACCAGCCGACUCACCAAAGGGCAAAGCCGAGGUGAAACUGGUCAGCAAAACAAAAACUGGCACUAAAGCAAAAGCUGCUCCUAAAGCAAAGGUUAAAGCUGGAGACCAAGCAAAGACCAAGACAGCAGACAAAGUCAAACCUGCUGUGAAGAAAGACAGAAAACAGAUGGUUAAAACGCAAGCCAAGCAGGUAGUCAAAAAGGAUGCAAAACCAGCUGCAAAAAAGACAGUCAAAGUUGCUGCCAAGACGGACCCCAAAAAAGCAGCUCAUGCAAUGUCAGCCUCAGACUCUCAGAACAGCAAGGAUGAGCUGUGAUUAAACAACACCUGUGACUGUGUCUAUGUGCUGUCUAUAUUUCUAUUUUCUACAAGGUCUUCUCUGUGGGUGAUUGAUUGAAAGGUUGAAAUCAUUACUUGAGUACUUGACAGCCAAACUGCCAAUCUGCUAGAGUGCCCCAAACCAUCUCUGUCUGACAUCCAAAGUUCUGUAUCUGUAUAGACGGUAACUGUUUUGAUCAACAUGACUUCUCUUAAUCUUCUUUUAUUUGUGAUGUCAUGCUGUGGAACCAAGCACAGGUAAAUUAAAGAAAGACGGGGUUCAAUAUGAGCAGAACCUUUCUGUUGAGAAAAACUCAAAUCAACUGUGUGAAUCACUGAAAUAAAAUGGGUGUUUCUAAAUAA